UUAGUCCUGAACUGAUCCAAGACCGACCAACAACAGUCGAAUCUUUGGUUUGUCUCUGUCGACUGUCUCUCUCGUCUCGUUUCUGUGCAAAAUUUAGCCGCCGGAGAUACAAAAUGAGCGCAACUGCUUUCAGUUCCAUUUGUUUUAACAGAGCUCACUCUUCCAACAAGGACUUGACAAAGCAACAGAAUGUGAAGUCGCAUGUUAAGUGUUCGAUCAAAAGUGGGAUAACAACUUCUUCACAAAACAAUGUUCGUGUUGGUGUUCUUGGAGCAAGUGGCUACACUGGUUCUGAGAUUAUUCGGCUUUUGGCAAACCAUCCACACUUUGGGGUUGCACUGAUGACUGCUGAUAGGAAAGCUGGACAGGCAAUCUCAUCUGUAUUCCCUCAUUUGGGCACACAAGAUUUGCCAGAUUUGAUUGCAAUAAAGGAUGCAGAUUUUUCUGAUGUGGAUGCUGUAUUUUGUUGUUUACCACAUGGAACUACGCAGGAAAUAAUUAAAGGCCUUCCGAAGCAUUUGAAGAUUGUUGAUCUUUCUGCUGAUUUUCGUUUAAGAGAUGUUUCUGAGUAUGAAGAGUGGUAUGGUCAGCCACACAGGGCACCAGAUUUGCAGAAAGAAGCUAUAUACGGAUUAACAGAGGUUUUACGGGAGGAAAUAAAGAGCGCGCGCCUAGUUGCUAAUCCUGGUUGUUAUCCAACUUCCAUUCAACUUCCUCUUGUUCCACUGAUAAAGGCCAAUCUUAUUCAGACUAGUAAUAUUAUUGUUGAUGCAAAAUCUGGUGUUAGUGGAGCAGGUCGAAGUGCGAAAGAAAAUUUAUUGUUCACUGAAGUGACUGAGGGUAUGAAUUCUUAUGGUGUUACUCGGCAUCGCCAUGCUCCAGAAAUUGAACAGGGACUCGCCGAUGCUGCAGGUUCAAAAGUAACCAUUAGUUUUACCCCACACCUGAUUCCAAUGAGCCGUGGUAUGCAAUCAACUAUUUAUGUGGAAAUGGCUCCAGGAGUAACAAUUGAAGACUUGUACCAUCAACUGCAACAAUCAUAUGAGAAUGAACAAUUUGUUGUACUAUUGGAAAACGGAGUCAUUCCUCGAACUCAUAGUGUUAAAGGAUCAAAUUACUGUUUAAUCAAUGUUUUCCCUGACCGAAUUCCUGGAAGAGCAAUCAUUAUAUCUGUGAUUGAUAACUUAGUGAAGGGAGCUUCAGGUCAAGCCUUACAAAAUCUUAACCUAAUAAUGGGAUUUCCAGAAAAUUUGGGGCUUCAUUACCUGCCUCUUUUUCCUUAAGAGUUAGAGUAGUCAAUCUUAUGCAACAAGAGUGAGUUAGAGAUGCUUUCUAUUUUGUAGCCUAUUUUUCACUGACAACCGUUCUCCUGUGUAAACUUAUAAACGGUUAUUUUCACCUUUUGAUUCUAUUGACUUAUGUGGCCAAAAGUGGUGCAGAGUCAAUGUCUCGGCUAGGGCUCCAACAUUAUUGUCAUGGAUCCUUCAUAAUGGAUGGUCUAGUUGAAACAUUUUAAAAUCA